ACCUUAAACGCUUACAUAAAGGUACCCUAUCAGCUCAGGCGUCGCUGUCAAGCCGCCCGGGUCUUGCGGUUCCUAUUGGAUGAAGCUGUCUAUCAUGUCCGACAAUCCGUCCCGGCACGUCGCCUAUGAGCAAGUGAAGCUGAUGCUGGACUUCAUGGGGCAGCAUGUGGACUUCGCCACGGGCCAGCUGCGCUCGCUGGAGGCCCGCCACGUCUCCAAGAGGCUGUGGAGCGAGCUCACACAGAUCCUGAAUAGCUGCCGGGGCACGAGGAAGACCAUGGAUGGGUGGAGUCGGUACUGGAGCGACUUCAAGAACAAACUAAAGAACAAAGUCCGGAUAAUAAACAAACGGAAGCGUCUCGGCUCCACCGACAAGGGUAUCCGGCCACUCACCAAACUGGAGAAGAGAGCCGUCGUGAUCCUGGGGCCCUGCUUCGAGAAGAAAGUCUCCCGGUUGGCGCAGGAAGACCAUCAGGAUGAGAGUGUGAUACAAAAGCUACCCAAAGUGACAGCCGAGGUUAAAAUCGAGAGUAUAGAUGACCCCGCCGACCGAUCCAACGGCCGCAUCGAAAUAUCGCCGCUAGACGCGCACAUAGCCCUCUCACCACGGAUACACAUUUCGACAGACCGGGAAAGCGAAGAGGACAAUCCAUCGGACUACGAGGACUCCGAGGAGAAUGCGGAGCCCCUCAUGAGCUCACUGUACCCAAAGUGGCUAAUCGAGGUCGAACAGAAACGCGCCGAGGCCGAGCUCUCCCGAGCGAGGGCCGAAGAGAGCCGAGCGCGCGUCGCGGCGUCCGCGGCGCAGGCGGCCACCAUGCAGGCGGAGGCGUUAAGAGCACUUGCAGAGGCGGCGUCAAAGCAGGCGGACGCCGUGGCCAGGAUAGCGGUCACUCUCGACAGCAUGCUAAAACACCAGGCUAAUAACAUACUUGGAGUCCUCUGACUAUGUUAUAUCUAUACUCUAGGUCAGGCAACGAAUGCUCAAAAAAAGGGUAUAGAGGGAAAUGCUUGGAACUAGAGAUGCAACGAAUAUUCGGCCACAUAUUCACUAUUCAGCCGAAUACCGAAUAGUGGCAUAAUAUUCGGCCGAAUACCGAAUAAUACGAUAACAAGUAGAUAACGGUAAAUGAGGGGUAAAUAAACCGGCCAAGAGCAUGUCGGGCCAUGCUCAUAGUAGGGUUCCGUAGUUACUCUUCCGUCACAAUAAGCUAAACUGGAGCUUAAAGUAUGGUAGAUCAUUAACCAAGGGAUGAACUGUGGGUGUACGUCUUUUUACUAUGAAGGGGAAACUUUUUGCGAUAACUCUAAAACAGCUAAACUGAUCAUAUCCGCUAUAGUUUUCAUUUAAUGUCUUUCUUAAGCUCUACUUCCACGAUUUUUUUCAUAUUUUUUGGACCUAUGGUUCAAAAGUUUUAGAGGGGGGGACACAUUUUUUUUCUUUCGGAGCGAUUAUCUCCGAAAAUAUUCACUUUAUCAAAAAAUGUUUGUUAAAGACCCCUAUUAGUUUUGAAAGACCUUUCCAACGAUACCCUACACUGUAGUACGCACUGCUUGCAGAAUACUAAGCGCAAUUUCUAUCAAAGACUGCCUACAGCGAGAAACAAGUUGCAACUUGCACAGCGCACGUUCGAAUUUACUUAAUUUUUGGUUAACCUACUAGCCGAAUAUUCGGCUAUUCGGCCGAUGGCUCCGCCGAAUAUUCGGUAUUCGGCCAAGCCACUAUUCGUUGCAUCUCUACUUGGAACUCAAUGUGAUACCAUAACUGAAUUCAGCACCCCACAUUUUUUCCAAAACGAUACCAAAUACGGCCUA